UCGGGCCUCUGGCACACAGAACUGAGCGGAGGGAUGGGGGCAUCGAGGACCGCAACACGGAGUUCUCCUCGGCCGCAGCCCGAGUCCACGGCGCGGCUGCGGCGCACCUUCCACAACACUCUGCUCUUCUACUGGAGGAAGCGGGAACCUCGCCAUGAAGGACAAAAGCCAGGCUCCGGCAGCAGAAGUAGGCCCAGGGGCGUGGCCAGGACCCGAGCUCCCCGCGCAUCCUUGGCUAGAACCCAUACUUCGGGCUCUGCCUCCUCCCGAGUGAGGGCCCCAGCUCCCAACUCCAUCUCUACGCCGGACCCAGCCUCCCCGCGGGACUCUGACCCCAGUCCUAACCCCAGCCCGGCCCCCGCCCCCGAGUCCGCGGCGUGCGCGCCGGGCUCCUGUGGCCGCAUCCUAGCGGCUGCGCGCGCGCUGGCCUGGAGGUCGACUUGGAGGCCCUUCUGGAGGCCGAGCUGGCCCGUCAGGCACUGCGCGGGCAACAUGGCGGCACCCAGCGAACGGUGGCGCUUCGGCGGCGGGAGCCUUUUCUCCUUUCUGCCCGGCGGCGCGCGCUCCGAAGCAAUGGAGGACCUGGUAACUGACGCGCGUGGCCGUGGCGCGGGACGGAAAGAUGCCUCCGCCGCCGCCUCGGCCCCGACUCCAACCCUGGCGCCGACCCCCGACUCUCAGGUCCCCGAGGACACCACCCGGAGACGGCCCUGCCGUGCCUGCGUGGACUUCAAGUCAUGGAUGCGGACGCAGCAGAAGCGGGACAGCAAGUUUAGGGAAGAUUGUCCUCAGGAUCGCGAGGAACUGGGCCGACAGAGCUGGUCUGUCCUCCACACCCUGGCUGCCUACUACCCCGACCUGCCCACCCCAGAACAGCAGCAAGACAUGGCCCAGUUCAUACAUUUAUUUUCCAAGUUUUACCCCUGUGAGGAGUGUGCAGAAGACAUAAGGAAGAGGAUACAUAGGAACCAGCCAGACACGCGCACACGGGCGUGUUUAACCCAGUGGCUGUGCCGCCUGCACAACGAAGUGAACCACAAGCUAGGCAAGCCAGACUUCGACUGCUCUAAAGUGGAUGAGCGCUGGCGUGAUGGCUGGAAGGACGGCUCCUGCGACUAGAGGGUGGCCAGCCGGAGCCCAUGGGGCUACCUGGCUAGAGAGGGGCAGGGCACUUAUUAAAGUGCAGCAGAGCCAGAA